UGGACCGGAAGUUGAUCCCUGGUGUGCAUAAAGUGACUUCCUGUUGGUUUCUGACGGACAAAUAUGAUUUAAAAACAUUUACGGCUUGAUGGUUCAUAAAGGUCGACGAAUUGGAUAAUCAGCAGCCCAAAAAAUGAACUACGUACCGGGGACGGCGAGUCUUAUCGACGACAUCGACAAAAAACAUCUGGUGCUGCUGCGAGAUGGAAGAACACUGAUCGGUUACCUGAGAAGUAUCGAUCAAUUCGCUAAUUUAGUUUUCCAUCAGACGGUGGAGAGGAUCCACGUAGGGAAAAAAUUUGGUGACAUUCCCAGAGGAAUAUUCAUCGUGAGAGGAGAGAAUGUGGUGCUGCUGGGAGAGAUUGAUGUGGAUAAGCCCUGUGACACCAUCUUGCAGCAGGUCUCCAUCGAGGAGAUUCUAGAGGAACAACGGUUGCAACAGCAAGCCAAACAGGAGACUGAGAAAGUCAAGAUGCAGGUCCUAAAAGACAGAGGCCUUUCAAUCCCCAAAGCUGACAACUUAGAUGAAUACUAAAACCCACCGUGAUUCCAUGAGUUGCUUUUCUCACAUUGUACUGAGCUCUGUUUCUGCUGCUUUGAUGUUGAAUUUGACACUUUGCUUUAAGAGACCAGGAGAAUUUUUUUUCUUCUUCUUCUUCCCCCCUUUAUGGAGAAAAAGGCAACAUGUCCUGCAUGAAUUUUAGUUAAAGGACAUGGAGAAAACUGAUCAAGUACAGUAUUUUCUUUGCAACAGCUGCUUUGUUUUUUUGUUUGUUUGUUUGUUUUGCAGAUCAUGGCAGCAAAACUAAAAGAUGGAGUGUUUGACUAAAAUCAUGUAUCAGUUACUUUACAUCAGCACUUUGUUAGAUAUGUCGUCUUUGUUUUGAUGUCUGGAUGUACUGACAAAAUGACUGCUUACAUUAAAAUGUGUAAAUUUUUUUCAUUGAGAAA